AUGGGUUCCGCUGCCCUUGGAAUGGGCGCAUGGAGCGGGUAUGACAACCUGGGCCGGUCUCGCACGCGUUCAAUGUCGCUACUCGUCCCUCCUCGUCUUGGCGGCAUGUACUACCCUACCAUCCAGCAGACUGUCGUCGUCGAUGGCGCCCUCAACGGUCUCGCGGGGUUCACAGGAAUCGGCGCCGGCGUUGGCGGUGCUGCUGGCAACGAGGACACGCAGAAGACUCGUCGCCGCGAGACCAUUUUCGGACCCGACGUGGGCGAUGACGACCAACCAGGCUGGACAAGUCCCGACGAAGGCAACAAGGUCUCUGUCGACGUGGUCAAGCGCUGGGUCGAGCGUGCCAAGGGCGAAGAGGGCUUCCAUGCGACCACCACACUCCAAGCGCUCGUCAACCUCAAGCGGCCGACGCUUCUCCUCCAGCCCCUCGACGACCACCACCACCACCAUGAAGCGGAUGUUUCAGCCGCUUCGGCGGUGGCCUCUUCACCGAGGUCGAGCGUCAUCCACCCGGCACCACUGCAUCUCCUCAAGUUUAGCUAUGAUGCCAUGACCCCGCAGGUCCAAAUCACGCUCAGCCUGCACCCCUCUCCCUCUGCAAGUGGCGAGCACAUUGGCGAGCCCCAGGUGUUGUACACGGGAACCCACCCUGGAGGUUUCAACCAGGCGUUUGCCCUUCCUACCGACGCCGCGCUCGACCUGUCCGCUGCCAUUGCUCCGCUCCCGACUCUUGAGACCACCAACGAGGGCAAGGAGUCGGAGGACAGCAAGACGGGCGACGAUGACGAGGCACACCGCGCCAGCCAGAGCGAGGACACGACUCGUUCCUCUAUCGACCGUACCCACGCUGCGGCCACCACGCCGGAUCUCGCUGCGAUCCCCGAGCUUCCCAACCCAGACUUUGCCGAGCCCAGCCGUCGCCGCUUCGGCCUGUUUGGCCGUCGCCAGCGCGAGAACGAUGUCGAGGCCCAGAUUGAAAUGACCCAGCAGCAGCAGCAACAACAAGCACCUGCUACCCCGCCUGUCGAGUCCGAGGAGGAGAAGCCCGCCGAGCCCGAGCACGGCAUGCGCCUUCUGAUCCGUAUCGAGGCGCUCGGCGACGACGGCCCUCUUCGUCGCCGUAACGCCCAGCUCACCCACAUGCUCGUCAGCGGCACAUGGGUCGCAGAUAGCCACGCCAGCACCACGGGAUCCAUCUCGGGUGCUGCUGGCAAGCGCGUGUGGGUCGUCAAAGUCGUCCGUCGCGAGGCCCAGAUCGGCGCCCACUCGUUCCUCCUCAAGGAGAUUUAUGGUCUGUCGUCGAGCUCGACCGGUGCAGACACGACAUACCCGCCCACGUCGGACCCGUAUGCGUCUGCUCCCAACGAGUGUAUCGUGUGCCUCACGAGUCCGCGCGACGUCGUCCUUCUCCCAUGUCGCCACCUCGUCGUGUGCCGCGAGUGCGCUGUCGGCAUGGUCGAGUUUGGCGCCGGCGGCCGUGUUGCCCGUCGCGACGACGAGACUGCCGCCGAUGCCGGUACCGGUGCGGCGGUUACGGGCGGUGGUAUCGUGCCCAUGGCGGCCCCUCCCGCACCGGCCGCACCGACGCUAACCCAGCCGUCCCGCAGGAAGAAGAAGGCCAAGGGAUGGUACUGCCCCGUGUGCCGUCAGCCGUACACGUCGCUCCUCCGCCUCGUCCUCCCUCCCUCCAAGGAGGCCACAUCCACCGUAUCCCGCCCCGCCUCGAUCCGCUCGGUACGCACCACGCGGUCGACGCGUUCCAUCGCCCCGACGCUUCCCGACGGCGCCGAGGCCAUGCUCGCGCGCCUCCCACCACAGGGCCACGCGCAUGGCGACGACGACGAGGAUGACGGCGAGGAAGACAACGUCGUCGAGGUCGAGCACAUCCACGGCGACGGCCACAUCCACGGCGACGACGACGCCGCAGACACGUUUGUCCCGGCCCAUGUCGUCCCCGCCGACCAGCGCCCGCAGUUUGUCGUUGCCGAGCACACGAUCAACCCCCCGCCCCGCGCCGUCGUGGCCGGCUCGGUUCCCGCGCAGUACGCCGAGGCGGCGCCCGCGCUGGAGUCGGAGUCCGCGUCACAGCCCCAGUCCAACCCCGUUCCCGAGGUCGCCAAUGUAGCCAUUAAUGAAACCCCCGCCACUCAGGGGGAGCAGAAGCGUCUGCCCGAGGGAACAGUCUAG